AUGACGAGGAUGAGUAAGGCAAAAAAAUUUGUUGAUUCUUGGACAAAUGACAUAUCUCCAAUGACAAUGAUGGUGUUCAAUGCAAAGGUGAAAAAUUCAAUGCAGUGCAACAUUAAUCGAAAUGGUGAUCAAGGAUUUGAAGUGACUGAAGAGGCAUACAAACAUACUGUGAAUUUGAGGCAAAAUAAAUGUAGUUGCAGAUCAGGAGAACUAAAAGAAAUUCUCUGUGCACAUGAUAUAGAAACAAUGAACUACUUAAAUUUGAAUGCAUCACAGCUAAUUUCUAGCUGGUACAGAAAGGAGACAUAUUUGAAGGCCUAUUCUUACUUUAUUCAGCCAGUCCCAAAUAUGAAAAUGUGGCCAGAUAGCAGAAAUCCUAUGGUUGAGCCACCUGAAGUGACACAAAUGCCUGGUAGGCCACCAAAGAACAGAUGGAAAGAGAUUGGUGAAGUGGCAAAAUCUGAAAAAUUGCUAAAUUUUGGGAUGUCAAUGACAUGUUCAAUCUGUAAACAACCAAAUCAUAACAAGAGAAGAUAUCCACAAAAUUCCAAUCGUAAAUCCAAAUCAGUCACAAAAGAGUAUGUUGCCUUCCAACAAUCUUCUACUGAAAAGAGCAAAAAAAGCAGCACAAUCAACAUGGACAAAACUGAUGAAAAAUAUGUUAACAAGAGGCCAAGAGCUGGAUAA